AUGUCGUCGACGACAAUCCUCCUCCCCGGCGACACCGUCCCCUCCGCCCUCCUCCCCCCACCCACCAAAAAAGGAACCCUCACCCUCGGUCCCGGCCUCCGCCACAUCCCGCCCAGUACAAUACUCACCACGACCUCCGGCACUCUCCACACCGACCCCAAAAAGUCCGCCCUCUGGCUCGAACAUCCUCACGGCCGCUACCUCCCCUCCGUCAACGACCUCGUCAUCGCUCAGAUCCACCACUCCUCCACCGACGUCUACCACUGUCGCCUAUCCCCUCACACACCAUACGCUCUCCUCGGCCAACUGUCAUUCGAGGGAGCGAACAAGAAAACCCGACCACAAUUAAAGUCCGGCGAUCUCGUCUACGCACGAGUCUGCAAAGCGAGUAAAUGGGAAGACGUAGAGAUCGAAUGCGUGAAUUCGAAUUCCGGUAAAGCGGAGGGGAUGGGUCCGCUAACGGGUGGUAUGGUUUUUGAUGUUAGUCCGGGGUUUGCGAGGAGAUUAAUGAUGGGUACGACCAAGGAUGGGAAGAGUGUGGGCGGGGUGGUGGUGCUGGAGGAAGUGGGGGAGAAGGUGAGGUUUGAGGUUGCGGUGGGGAGGAAUGGACGGGUGUGGGUGGACAGUGGGAGUGUGAGGGAGACGGUUGCGAUUGGGAGGUUGCUGAGGGAGACGGAUGAGGGAGGGUUGGGGGUGGAGGAGCAGAGGAAGUUGGUCAAAAGGGUGUUGAGGGAGAGUGCUGGAUCCUGA